CAAAGCUUCGCGUUGUUACAAAUUCCAAUAUGGCGAUGGUAAUGUUGUGGCGAUUUCAAUGAGGAUGUCAAUUUCUUUUGCAAAAAACCAUUCAACAUUCGUUCGGGAGUUUGUAAUUCGCUUGUAAACGACUUGCCGGGAUGUAGAAAAGUUUCGAAUAGCGACCGGUAAUUUGUGAGAACGAAUAAUUUUGUACGAACGCGUCGGGAACAUCCGAUCGUCUUGGUUUGAGAAAGUGCUGGGGCUGUAGCUUUUUUUUCGUGAAAAGGGAGAAAGAAAAAUCUGAACGUUUUCCUCUCGCUUGAAAAUAUAAGUUUGUGGUUAAUCGGAACGAGUUGAGUUGUCGCGAAAUAAGGUGAGUGUGAAACUGCGUCGGGAGCUGUGGCGGCCGAGGAAAGUGGCGGCGGAAUUCGAAGGAAUCUGGAACGGCAAAGGACUCCGAGGCGGAAGAUAGUAAAAGUUACAUCGCAUUCAGUCAUGCAAAAUGUUUUUAUAUAAAAACAAAAGAUAUAUCCCGCAUAAAGUGUACUUGAAUACUCGAUUAAUUUAAAAAGACAGAAAUAAGAGCUACUGGAGACGAAAAACCAACGAAGGCAGCAACUUAAUUUAUAAAACUGCAAAAUUAAGGUCAUGACUACUGACACCCGAAGGAGAGUGAAGCUUUAUGCUUUGAAUGCAGAACGGCAAUGGGAUGAUCGAGGCACAGGACAUGUAUCGUCUAAUUAUGUAGAUAGAUUAAAAGGCAUUUCAUUGUUGGUGCGAGCAGAAGCUGACGGGUCGUUACUUUUAGAAAGUAAAAUACAACCAGACACCGCCUACCAGAAGCAGCAGGACACACUGAUUGUUUGGUCAGAAGGUGAUAACUUUGAUUUGGCACUAAGUUUUCAAGAAAAAGCAGGUUGCGAUGAAAUUUGGGAGAAAAUCUGUCAGGUCCAGGGUAAAGAUCCAUCAGUGGAAAUCACACAAGACAUUGUGGAAGAAUCUGAAGAUGAACGUUUUGAAGAAAUCUCAGAUCCUGAACCGCCAAUUGAAUUGCCACCCUGCGAAUUAUCUCGAUUGGAGGACAUAUCUGAAACAAUAGCUCGCGGUCUAGCGACGCCGUUGCGCAAAGAAAAGCUUGCCAUGGCUCUUGAAAGCGAGAACUAUAUUAAGAAAUUAUUGAAUUUGUUUCACGUUUGUGAAGAUCUAGAUAACAUUGAAGGUCUACAUCAUCUUUUCGAAAUCUUCAAAAACAUAUUCCUGUUGAAUAAGAAUGCCCUUUUCGAAAUCAUGUUUGCCGACGACACGAUAUUCGACGUUGUCGGCUGCUUAGAAUACGAUCCAAGCUUGCAGACACCGAAAAAACAUCGCCAAUACUUGAAACAACUGGCGAAGUUUCGUGAAGCAAUUCCAAUUAAGAAUGCCGAUCUCUUGGCGAAAAUCCAUCAAACGUAUAGAGUACAAUACAUACAAGAUAUAAUUUUGCCAACGCCUUCCGUAUUUGUCGAGGACAAUAUGUUAAAUACAUUGUCUAGUUUUAUAUAUUUUAAUAAGGUGGAAAUCGUAACGCUGAUACAAGAAGAUGAGAAGUUUUUAAUAGAUCUCUUCGCUCUAUUAACGAAUCCAAAUACAUCAGAUGCAAAGCGGCGGGACACCGUGCUCUUCCUGAAAGAGUUCUGCAAUUUUGCCCAGAAUUUACAACCACAGGGAAAGGAUACUUUUUAUAAAACCCUCACGUGUUUGGGGGUACUGCAAGCUCUGGAGAUAACGCUGGUGAUGAAUGAUCAAAAAACGAAGUCAGCCUCCGUGGACAUUUUAACGGCAAUCGUUGAAUAUUCGCCAUCAAUAGUAAGAAAUUACACCUCCCAACAAGUGAAUAAAACGGAUGGUGAGCAAAUGCUAAUUAACAUAGCUAUUGAACAAAUGCUGUCCGAUUCCGAGCCAGAAUUGGGUGGUGCGGUGCAAUUGAUGGGUGUCAUUAAAAUUCUACUGGACCCAGAAAACAUGCUCACAGAAAAAACAGAUUUUCUGAAUAUUUUCUAUAAGCACAGCAUUCAGACAUUAAUUGCUCCACUUCUCAUGAACACACUUGGCGAUAAGCCCGCCAACGAAGACUACCAAACAGUACAAUUGUUGGGCUUGGUGUUAGAGAUUUUAUCGUUUUGUGUUGAGCAUCACACGUAUCAUAUUAAAAACUGUAUUAUACAAAAAGAUCUCCUGAAGAGAAUACUUGUGCUUAUGAAAAGUACACAUACGUUCCUCGUUCUUGGCGCCCUUAGACUUCUAAGAAAAAUCAUUUCGCUUAAAGACGAAUUUUACAAUAGACAUAUAGUGAAAGGUAAUUUAUUUGCACCAGUUGUGGACGCAUUCAUUAGAAAUAAUGGCAGAUAUAAUCUACUCGAAUCCGCUAUAUUAGAGUUAUUUGAGUUUAUAAAACUCGAAGACAUAAAAACCCUGUGCGUCUAUUUUGUUGAAAAUUUCAGCAAAAUUUUCGAUGAAAUCGAAUACGUUCAAACAUUUAAAUACCUUAAAACUCGUUAUGACCAAUAUCAAGAGCGGGUAAAGGAGCGAGACAAGAUUCUAGACACGAUACCUAUGAUACGAAACAACAGGUACAGAAGAGAUCAGAGGCAGUUAGAUGAAGAAGAGGAAAUUUGGUUCAACGAGGAAGAAGAUUUCACAGAAGAACUAGACUCGUAUAGUGUUAUGAAAAGCAAAAUUAUCGAGAAAAAUGGGCCGUCAAAGACAAACAGUGGAUCCACAGCGACAUCUCCCAGUAAUGCGAAUUCAAACCCCAGCCAACAGGCAGCCUCGUUGUCGUCGGCGCAAUCUGCUUCAACGACAUCUCACCAGUCGGCGUUAUCACCUACGUUACAAAUGUCGUCGGGAUCCAGCUCGAGUUCUUUGCCUGCGCAGCAUCCACUGUUGGCUAUGCAGCAACACCAUCAGCAGCAGCAACAACAACAGCAGCAACAGCAACAAACAACGACGGACACGUCGGAAUCAGCGACUACAUUGUCGUCUACUGCCACCUCUAAACAAAGUUCUGGUACAACUGUAGUCUCUACAAGUGUAAAUAGUGAUACGUUAAAUGUUACUGACAAUGAGAAGGAUGUAAGUGAUGCCGAUGAGUCCGCUGCUGAAAACAAGGAGAAUGAUGUGAAGAAUGAUUCAAACACUCCAGCAGUGACUGGUGCAACAACGACAGUAGCGGCUGCAGCGUCAUCAGCCACACCCGUAGAUGCUCCUUUGAAUGAAAGUGUUCCGGAAAAUACGGUCAAAAAGGGGCUGGUGGAUUACGAAGGUGACUCCGAUGAGGAAGAUGAAGACGAAUCAACGACAUCGCCUGUUCAAAAGAAACCACGCUUGGCAUAGCAACAACAUAAAUGUGUGUAAGCAUAAAUACAUGUAGGCAACAAAAUGCUUGUUUGCAAUCCAAUAAAGGAAUAUAAGGAAAAAGAUAAUGACAGUGCAGUCGUUGUCGCUCAUUAUCCAUUUUUUAUUUAUAGAGCACAUAAAUUUAUACAAUUUUAUUGAUAAGAUUUAAGUAUGUAAUAAAUAGUUAAUUACAUCUGAUACAAAAACAAGAGACCAGAGAAUAGAGAAGAUGAUUAAGGAAUCAAAUUGAAGAAUAUUAAUAACAAAAAAAAAACAAAGCGAGAAACAACAAAAAAAGAAAUAAACAAAUUUGCAAUAAAUAUGCAAGUAAUUGAAAACAUGAACAAUUUAUUUGAUGGAUUGUAAACUGUACACAUCUGAAAACUUGAAAUGAGUAUUACGUUUGACAUGUGCGCGGAAAAUUCUUAGUUUUUUCUCUUUGUUUCGUUUUUUCCUUGAUUCGGUUCAUGCUGUCCAUUCUGUUGUUCUUUUGUCCUUUCAAAUUCGUAUUAUGAUCAUCUCAAACUUAAUAGAAUUUUUGUGAUAUUUAUUGUCGCAGAGCUUUGUCGGUUGUCUCUAAUUGAGCUAGAGGAAGAAAGGAGUGUGAGAAGUUGGAAAGAGAAAAUCUAUACAAUUAUUAUUCGUAAUAAAUAAGAAAAUGGGCUGAUAUUUUAUUUCUUUUAUAUACAUACAUACGAUAAGCAGACGAUUGGUUUGAAACGAUGAAAAACCAAGGAUUGGCCAAUUUUCUUGUUGCAAAGAUGUACUCAUGUAUAUACCGAGACAUGUUUAAAUGUUUGAAUGUAUUCCACACAGACUUACUAGUGUCUAUUUUGCGACAAUUUUUUACUUAUGGAAGACAUACCACUAUAAUAUUUUGAUUUAUUAAAACGAAAAGAGAACAAAAACCGUUUAACCAAGAGACACGAGGUUCCAGUGAUUCAAAAUCAAAAAUUAUAGUUUACUACUUGGUUGUAUAGAAAUUAUAUUUUUUAGGCAUUACCGAAAACGUGGGGUUUAAUAUAUUUUCGAUUUUUUUCUUCGAGAUGAUUUGUAAAUAUUUGUUUCCAUUUUUUUAUACAUACAAAGAAACUGGAUUUAUUUAUUCAUACAUGGAAUAUAUCACACAUGAAGUUCA